AUGAGAGACUCAGAAACUGUGGAAGAAUUCUACAAUCGUACAGUCUUGAUACUCAAUCAAUUAAGAUUGAAUGGUGAAAAUAUUGAAGACAAAAAGGUUGUCGAGAAAAUUCUUAGAAGCCUCACACGAAAGUUCGAAUACAUAGUAGUCGCAAUUGAGGAAUCUAAAGACUUGGAUUUCAUGUCACUCGAAAAUCUGCUUGGAAUCCUACAAUCACAUGAAUUGAGGAUGAGACAAUUUGACAUCUCACCAUUUGAACAAGCCUUUCAAUUACACUCUGCAGAUAGACAAGAAAAGGAAAAAACUUUUGACAGAACUCAACAAUAUGAUAACAAAGAUAGGUUCAAAGGGAGAAGUACAACACCUGUUCAAUGUCGAUACUGCCAAAAAUUUAGGCACAUAGCCAAAUACUGUAGAAAACGAAUCGCAGAAGAAAGAGGAUCUACUUUCUUAAACAUAGAAACCAAUAAUGAAGAUGAUUCGAUGUUCAUGAUACUCAACACCCAAGAAGUAUCAACAGAUGAUACUUGGUACAUAGAUAGUGGGUGUAGUAACCACAUGACAAACAACAAGGCACUCUUUACUCAAUUAGAUGAAAGUCAGAAACGAGAAGUGAGAACAGGAGACGACAAAAGAUUAAUUGUUCAAGGAACAUGA